GGAACAUCCUUAGCGCAAAUGAUUUUCAACGUCGAGCUUGAUACUUUCACGGUUUGCUGUCCCGUCAGUGUUGAAGAUGAGUUCCAGAGUGUCAGGUGAUCCGGAGAAAGACGAGGAGGAGGAAGAAGAGGAGGAGGAGGAAGACGGGGAAGAGAGCCUCAACCCAACGGUGGUGAAGAUGAGUCAGAUAGUGAUGCCGUGCCACAGCAACCAUCGACAGGAGCUGAGUGUGGGACAGCUGCUCAAAUGGAUAGACUCCUCUGCCUGCCUCUCUGCUGAGAGGCAUGCUGGGUGUCCCUGCGUCACGGCCUCCAUGGAUGACAUCCACUUCGAACACACAAUCAGUGUGGGUCAGGUAGUGAACAUCAAGGCGAAGGUCAACAGAGCCUUCAACACCAGCAUGGAGGUGGGCAUCCAGGUGAGCUGUGAGGACCUGUUCUCUGAUCGUCACUGGAGGAUUUGUCAUGCCUAUGCCACCUUUGUUACGCAGCGCACAAACACAGGAAAAAAGGUGAUCUUGAAGCCCAUCGUACCUCACACCGAGAGAGAGCAGGUUGAACACAGCGUGGCGGCUGAGAGACGAAGGGUCAGGAUGCUCCAUGAUGACAUCAUCAAAGAGCUGCUCUCCCAUGGCUCUAUCCAGCAGGCAGCUGACAGCUCUGCUGUAGCCAAUGCAGUGGCAGCAGAGAAGACCAAGGUGGAGAGUGUUGAACUGGUUCUGCCCCCACAUGCAAACCAUCAGGUAAAUACAUUUGGAGGACAGAUCAUGGCGUGGAUGGUGAAUGUUGCUACAAUUGCUGCCAGCCGUCUGUGUCAAGCUCACCCGACUCUGCGGGCCAUAGACAUGUUCACCUUCAGAGGACCUUCUCAGGUUGGAGACAGACUGCUGCUGAGGGCGAUAGUCAACAACGCCUUCAAGAACAGCAUGGAGGUGGGGGUGCGAGCAGAAGCCUACCAGGAGGAAGGCCCUAACAGACACAUUAACUCUGCCUUCAUGACCUUUGAAGUGCUCGACGACCAUCAGAAGCCAUGUGCGUUACCCAGGAUACGACCUGAACCUGUGGAAGGAGAGAGGAGGUUUCAAGAGGCCAUAGCCAGGAAGAAGAUCAGAUUGGACCGAAAGUACAUCAUCUCCCGCAAGCAGGGCGAAGUCCCCCUGUCUGUACCGUGGGAUCCCAGAAACCAGGUGUAUCUGAGCUAUAACAAUGUUUCAGCUCUGAAGAUGUUGGCUGCUCGAAAGAACUGGCGCCUCAGCUCUGAGAAAGACAAGGUUCGUCUUUACACCCUGGAGCACAAAUCCAUGUUGAGUUUCAGGGUGGAAUCAGAGGUUGAUGUUCCUGCGCACAGAGCGUUUGGUCUGCUGGCUGAGCUGAGCAACAGGCCGAGCUGGGACACACACUAUCAGAAAUGUGAGCUGAUUCACCGGGUGGACGAUGAUGACUUCCUGUAUCGUGUGGUGGCCCCCUCAGUGCGUCAGGGUGCAGUAGGUUCCCCGACUUCAGCCUGGCAGGGAGAGGGGAUGCUCCAGGACUUUAUCUUGUUGGCUUCCAAGAGGAAGCCAUGUGGGAGUGGAGAUAUGUACGUCAUCGCACUGCGGUCAGUUUCCCUGCCCACUCACCCUCCCACUGAAGGGUAUAACAGAGGAGAGGUUCUGUGUGCUGGAUUUACCAUCCUGGAGACCCCAAACAACACGUCACUGAUCAGUUACUAUAAUCAGGCAUCUCCGGAGGUUCUUCCGUACAUCUCAACUGAUAUCGCCGGCCUCUCCUCCUCUUUCUACCACACCUUCUGCUCCUGCAGCCAAUACCUGACCUUGAACAGACUGCAGUCUGCCUCUCAGGUGCAAAUCGACCAAUGCCAGGCCACAGAAACAGACGGUCCCACCUGUGAUAACGAACCUGACGAUCUGUCAGUGGCCCUCCACAGCACCCAGCUGUAGACAGUCAGUGGUAGCUUCCAGGCCAGUUUACAUCGCAGGCUGUAAUGAGGUCAAGCUGCUGUUUAUACACAAGGUACAGUUAACACUGUCACAAGUGUUUACAGUAAAACAAAAGGUGACGUUUACAGUUUUUUUAAAUUUUGUUUUUUAUAGAAAGGUGUUAUGAUAAAAAAUGUAGAUAUCAAAGUGAGUAAAGGAAAAACUCUGCUUCAGAGACAAGACUCAACCAGUCUGAUAGUAAAACACAGACCUUUGUUAUGUUGUAUAUUGCGUUUUUUUUGUAAAUACUUCCUUAUUUGAGUUCAUAAGUGCGUUCAAACUGACAAGUAUGAACACAUGUGGGGUGUCACAGUUGCUCAGAUAUUUAUAACAAUCAUCAUUUUGUCUUCCCACAGUUAAAUGAACUAUAUCAGCUGUAAUCAGAAAAAGAAUGGAGAGGUUAGAUGAGUUAUUUCUUUUACACCUCAAAACAAAACAAUGCUAAGGAACACUUUUUUGCAAAGGUUAAAAAGCUUUUAAUAAAUGGGCUUGAUACCUAUGUGUUUCAACUUACAGUCUUCAUCGGGGCUGUAAAAACAACCCAGCUAGCAGUUUUUGGUUCUAAAUGUUCUGAGAAAAGUACAAUGCAACCAAUGAAGGUUUUAGAAAUGUUUUAAGUGGCAAGUUUUCUUUAUGUCCCCAGAAUGUUUU